AUGAAGUCGAUUAAUAUAUUGAGUUUCCUGUUGGUUUCAACUACCCUCUCUUUGGUUGCCUUUUCUCAUGAAUUUUCCAUUUCUGAUAAUAAUGGGAAUGUUGUAUCCCCUCCCGUGCUGCACAUGGACGGCGAACCACUCAAGAUAGACGAGGAGUACUCCAUUAUCACUGGUGAUUACAUGCUAGGGCCACCACCUAGGUUUGUUAUAACUGGUGGUACCUUAGGAAUUCCAGGACCUAAUACCUUAAAGAACUGGUUCAAAAUUGUGAAAUAUGAGACGGGGAGACCUAAUUCUUACAAGUUAACGUAUUGUCCUAGUAAAUAUAUGUGUCCAACAUGCCAAUUUGAUUGUGCAGAUGUCGGAUUGUACGAAGAUAGGGGAUACACCCGUCUGGCUCUCAAUAACAUGCCUUAUCCCUUUGGCUUUAGCAAAGUAAACAAGAAUGAUGCAUAGUUGGUUAAUUAUCUAUGCUUAUUAUAUUAUAACCUAGCUCGAU